AAUGGACCGGGUCUAGUAAUGCUGGGGAGGGAUUUUUGUUGAUUGAGUUACUAAUUGAACAAAGCACGUGUAAUGAGCCGGCUGGGGUAAGAGAGCCGGUGUUACAAGGGAAGUGUUAGACAGAGAAAACAAACAGAGCGCGCGACAUAGCAGUGUGUUAUCACAGUACGGAUGGAGAAGUGCCGCAAUAGAUUCUAUUCGCGAGGUGUUCAUUCAGCGUAACACUUGAACAAUUCGCUCUCUCGAUUAGAUCUAUUACUACCAUAUGUUUACGAUUGGAUGUUUCUGAACGUAGCAGCAAUUCGGAGAGACAAGACAAGUGCUUGACCAUAGUUUGAAUUACUUGACCGUUCCAUCAUACGGAACAAGACCUUGGGCUGAAACUGUCUACUUCAGUUUGGGUUGUUAAAAGUGUUUUGACACCAUCCCUUAUCGCCAAACUUCAUUAUAACGACGUUUAUGGGAGACUUAUUAUCUCACCGGGGAUUGGCAGGCGACCGUAAAACUGUGCAAUUAUAAGUUCUAACGAAACCUGCUUAGCCAAUUAGCGACACGGUUCUCUAUCGGGGCAAUAUGGAUGCUGUUAGGGAUAAAUUUGAAAUUUAAUGCGGCUUAUCCUCGAUAAUUAACUGGUGUGUCGCCGCUGUUAUGUGUUUUAUGAUUAUCCGUGCUUCUUGGCAGGAGGCUUGACCACUGGUCACUCGAUAUUGGCGGUAUAACAGAUGGAACGUGUGAGGUGGUGAGCCCGAGCACCCGGCCACCUCUUUCUCCGGACACUAGAUACUGACCAGGGGUCAGAUUGCAAGUGAUGCUUUCCCAAGGUGUCAUUCUUUAAAAGUCCUCAACUGUGAAAUCGGAGCAUCAGGCAGAAACCAGAAGAGAUCAGGAGCACCCCCACCUACUAGUGACAACUGGCCUCAGAAACCUGGAAUGAUAUACUGCCACGGAUAUAUAUGGACAAGGGAGCACUUUUGAACCAGUCGACCAGAUGACUUCGACAAAAUGUCAUUUAAAUUUCCUUUGGUGCUAUUUUGUGUGUUUCUGACGAUUUUAACAGUUUUCGGACAGGAUUUAAGAUAUAACAUCCCUGAAGAGGAAUUUCCGAACUAUUAUAUAGGAAAUAUUCGUGAGGAUUUUAAUUUAUCAUCACAUUUCUUACCUGCUGAAUCGGAUGACUAUGAUACCUUGAAGUAUAGUAUUCUUUCGCAGACGACCGUUCCAGCAUCAUAUUUCAAUAUUAAUGAACGGACAAGUUCUCUCUUCACUAGUCAGAAACUUGACAGGGAGUCAUUGGACCAUUGUGAGUUCUCAACUGUUUGUGAGUUAGCCAUUGAUGUCAUCGCCAAAGGAAGUAAAAGUACAUUCUUUAAGAAAAUAAAAGUUAAUAUUUUCUUAUUGGACAUCAACGACAAUACUCCAACAUUCACUGUGAAUAAGACGAAUUUGGAAGUAUCAGAAGCAUUCGUUGUUGGUUCCUCUAUACCUAUAGAGGGCGCUGUUGACAGGGAUAGUUCUAAUAAUUCCGUUCAAAGUUACAAUAUUUCGGAACGAAAUGUGCCAUUUUCUGUGAAAUUCGAUAAAUAUGUGGAUGGGAGUUCUUCUGUGAAAAUUAUCAUUGACUCUAAGUUGGAUAGUGAAACCAGGAAUUUCUACCGAUUACAUGUUUUAGCGGUAGAUGGCGCUGUUCAACAAAGAACUGGUACCAUGACGGUGGAUAUUAGGGUUACAGAUGUAAACGAUAAUGCUCCAGAAUUCAGCCAAUCAGUUUACAAUAUCACAAUAGCAGAGGACACAGCGGUUGGCCAGGUGAUCCUAAAGGUCAAGGCCACGGAUGCCGAUUCCGGUGCUAAUGGCCAGGUCCUCUACCGCCUAAGUCCCCACCAGCUUUCCGUCAUCCACACUUUCUUUGCGAUCGACAAUAUCACAGGAGAUCUCAGUUUGGUUCAACCUUUAGUUUAUGAACGUGGCGAAGUCUACGAGAUAUUUAUUGAAGCCACUGACAAUGCCACAAAGCCACUUUUCACUCAGGCCACCGUUUACGUCACCAUUCUAGAUUCAAGCAAUGAUCCUCCAGAGAUCAACAUCAACUUGUUAUCAAACGCAGAUGUGGCCAAGAUCUCAGAAGAUGCAAAUAUUGGGGCAGCCGUUGCUCAUAUUGGAGUAACUGACGAUGAUAGAGGCGUAAAUGGUGAUGUGACUUGUCGUGUCCAAAGCUAUUACUUCACCUUGGAUACUAUCGACAAAAAUGAGUACAAGGUCGUUGUUCAUAAACCUCUGAACAGGGAGCUCAAAGAAAAACACAAGGUCAAGGUCACAUGUGAAGAUUCUGGAAGUCCACCUUUGAACUCAACAGCAGAGUUUGAAGUGAAAGUUUUGGAUGAAAACGACCAUGCGCCGAAGUUUACACAACAGCUGUAUCUUCCCGAAAUCACUGAAAACAACCAAUAUGGAGCCAUUUUACUCAGAGUGUCGACUAAUGACUUUGAUGCGGGAAUCAACUCGGAGGUCAUUUACUCCCUUGUUCCAACAAAUAACGACAAGUUCUCGAUUGACCCUGACACGGGUGAAGUUUUCGUAAAUGUUCACCUUGACCGGGAAAAUCUAACUCAGUUAGCAUUUGAUGUCAUAGCGACUGACAAAGGAACACCUCCUCAAACUGGAACUGCGUCCGUAAGAGUCAGAGUUCUAGAUGAAAAUGAUAAUCGACCCAAAUUUUCGGAGACAGUUUACACAUUUUCAGUGACAGAAAAUUUAAGUGCAAGUGUCCAUGUUGGAAGCGUAAAAGCUUCUGACCCUGAUGAAGGUCAAAAUGGCAUUGUAGAGUUUAUGAUGUUGCCAGUGUCGGAUACGUCAGGAAAUUUUCCAUUUAUAGUGUAUAGCAAUGGAUCUAUAUACACAACGCAAGUUCUGAAUCGAGAAUUACAGCCACAUGGAUAUAAUUUUCGAGUGAUCGCUUAUGACCUUGGGUCACCAUCUCAGAAUAGCACGACCCAUGUGACUGUAUUUGUCGGUGACAUUAAUGAUAAUGGACCAGUUAUUGUCUUCCCGACAUUUGAUAAUAAGACCGUUAAGAUCGUUUACAGUACAGGAACUGACCAUGUGGUCACCAAGGUGAUUGCGUAUGACCCUGACCUUGGAGGUAACUCUAAGCUCUCCUAUACAAUUUUGCUGGAUGAUUUGACAAACCCGUUUUAUAUUGACCAAAACACUGGAGAAAUCUACUUAGCAAAGCCCCUAGGGAUCUCUGAUAUCCAAACCUAUACUUUCACGGUUCUUGUGGAAGACAACGGGGUGCCGAGAAGAUCUUCUAUGCAAAAUCUCACCAUCAUUGUCACGACUCCUGGGGUCAGUGGCGGUGACACGCCUUCUGACCCGGACAACCUUGUCAUCGCUAUAGUAAUAACAUGUGUAACAAUUGUAUUAUCAAUGGCGAUUAUACUCGUAAUAUGUAUCAUUAAACGGAUAGACAGACAGAGAAAAGCGAUGAACAAAAGUGCAAAUAGUUCGGAUUCAGAUGACAAACGGAGGGACAUGUAUGACGCUAUUAAUCGUGACCUUGACAACGAAAGUAACAACCAAGCAGAGAAAAAAGUGAGUUUUUCGGUGGACUCGGAUCCAAAUCUCAUCAUAUCUGCGUCUGACUCCAGUUCAAAGUUCCCCAACACGGCUCUCGGCGUUGAAGAGGCACUUCCUUUGACUGACGAACAGUAUUUACCUGUAAACACAGGUGAGAGCCAACCUGUGAGAAGGCAGAUUCUCGACAGAAUUAUGCCACCACCCAAACCUGAGAGAGUUACACCAAGAGAAGACAACUCCAAACAACAAUACCAGCAACAGACCCUGUCCACUGUAGCCAAGCUCCAGCAACACCAAGAAUAUCUCCACGCAUGUGACAAACCAUCGUGGGGAAGUAACUCCAAUCUAGAGGGCGAAAUGUACAAGAAACAGGAUGACAACCAUAGCGAGACGUCGGGGGAAACUUCGACCAGCGACAGCGGCCGAGGAGGCAGCGAGAGUGACAUUCAGAGUAGCGGAGGACUCUCUCACUGUCUAGAGUUAGAUUAUUUAAAAAAUAUGUAUUCCCCAUCCAAUUCACCACGGAAGGAAAAUAUGCCCACACAGGGUGAGGGCACUGACACAAGGCGUGUGCCCGCAAGUAGUGAAAACAUUGACCCUCGGAGGGUACCUAAUCUUAACCAAAUACAUUUUAAACAUCCGCAUUUGUUACCUUCUAAACCACGGACAGUGCAUCUAAACAGUCAUAAUAACAUCUACCCCUCCCGUGGAGGGAUCCCGCACAAGGGUCGUGGCCCAGUGGUACACUGGCGAGGCGUCGCAGACUAUUUAAAUACGUCCAUGGCGACUAUUGAGGAUUAUGAUGAAGAUGACAAUACGACUACUUCAGGGAGUUAUGUGGUAGAGGAUGAGGAUCUUCGGACUGAUAUGGCUGUCGGCAUGGACUGUUUUGUGUGAUAGCAGUGACCGUCCCAUAGCAUGACAUUGAAAGCCAAGAUGGAGACGUCCCUGUUUCGUAAUUUCGGAGUGAAAUCCAGAUAUAUGGUGCCAAAGGAAUGAGCUUUUGUAUUGAAAUGAUGACUGUUGUCGCUGGUAUAGAUGUUGAGUAAUGAGAGAGAGAGAAUGAGAGAGGUGAUAAGGGUGUACGAGAUUUUUUGUCUGAAUAAGAUGUUGUUGCUAUGCUAAGAGGCCAAAAGCCAGUGAGGAAUAUAGAUGUGUAUGUAUGAAAUUAUAAGCAGUAUUAUUGUGCAUGUGCAUGGAAAAAUAAUAGUAUAUGGACCGGGAUUCUUGAUAAUGUAAAGAAUGCCAUGAUAAUAAUACUCAUACAAGUUUUGCUUGAGAAUCCAUCAUUUCUUAGAAAUUUCUGAACAUUCUUUUAUAGGUCUCUCAGUACAGUUGCUAUUAGGGCAUCUGUGUACAUUUGAAAUGUUGAAGGAAAUUAGUUUAUGAAAAUGUUGACAUAGGUUGUAACUGCUUUCAAAGGCGUGUGGAAUAUUGAGACCAAAUUUGACCAGAAAGGAAAUGUGUGAUAUUUGUUUCUAAAACAUUAACGUUUUCCAUCAGUUCCUUUUGGGAGUAAUCAGUUAUACUAGGUAUGGCCCUCUGUACAGUAUUACAUCUACUUUGUCAUUUUACUAGGCCUAAACUGUAUAAAUAAUUGUUUGAUUAAACCUUUUUGUAAAGAGCUUGCAUAAGAAUUGGUGUCAUGCCGAUUGUUCGCAUAUCAACAACAUGGCGUUUUUUUUUUUUUUUUUUUUUGUAAAGAGCUUGUAUAAGAAUUGGUGCCAUGCCGAUUGUUUCGCAUAUCAACAAGAUGGCGUACAACUACAUUGUUUAGUUAUAUGGACUGUUUAACAAAGUGUAUUAUAAUUUUGAUCAUGUUGACUUUAUGAAAUAGUAUUUUAUAUCAGAAAAUGUAAGUUAACUGCUGACGAAUAUUGAAUCCAGUGCUACAUUCCUUGUGUAAAAUCAUCCAUGAAUUUUGGCAUUAAUAUAAGGUCCGGCAUAUUGCGCCGUGGAAAGAGAUUUUAAUCAAACAUUUAUGGGUGUGGAGCGAUGGUAGUUAUGUGUUAAAAUUACCCAGGUUGUAUAUCAUAUCAGUGAUUUCGCUUAAAGGAGACAAUUAUGGUAAUAAUAGUUUGGCUUCAAUAUUUCAUACAAAAUGCCGUUCGUUGGUAUUUUAUUGGUAGUGCUGAUCAAAAUACCACCUGUCUGUGCUUUUGUGACUUAAUUAGAUAAUGAAGAUGUUAAGGCUGUCGUUCACAUUCAGUAAGUUGUGAUAGGUAUAAUUGUUCUUAAACUCCCUAAGUAACCUUUGUCUGAAUGGUAUGACCUUCAGACAAAACCAUAUUGGCUACGUCCUAAUAACAAAUUACACUUAAAUCGAGACAUCCACACUUAGAGCUUUUUGAAUCAUUUACAAAAACGAAAUCUUUAUGAUACGAAAAAUGUUUUUUCUAAAAGCCGCACUAACCUUCAUUCCUUGCCAAAUUUAACAGAAAAUAUGAACAUUUCUGAGGAGCGAAUGGCUAAAUAGACCAUUACACCACCAAUCACUUCCCAAUUAAACUGAUUACAAUCUACCUUGCUCGGUCGAUUGGCCAUGUAUAGGCUUACAAAUGUAGGCAUGGAAUCUCUAACAGAGUUUUAAAUACAUGGAGUCAACAAUCCUGUUAGGGCCAUCGUUUAUCAUAGACCUGUCAGAAAUAAAUAUUUUAUAAUAACUAGUUGGUAGUCGAAGAAUUUCUGACAUCAUUAAUGGUUAAUGUGUAUGGAAAAUAACGCUGUCCCAUUGUUCAACAAUUUGAUUUUUUUUCGUUAUUUACGAAGAUAUGUUGAAAAUUGAAAUGUUUUGGAAUUUCAUUAUGUCCCAUCCUGCCAGAUUUAAUUGCUGUUUUGCGGUGAUCAUGUAUCGCUCAGAUGAACAGAUUAUAGAAUUAUUAAGAUAAACUAUUUAAAAGAAACCCUACUAAAUGUAUCGUAAUGUGAUGAAAUGAGACGAUGUCAUAUUCUGUAAAAUUCUUUGUCACUUUCCGAUAACAAUAGAGACCAAAACAAGAAGAUAUUUUAAAACAUUUCAUCAAUAGACACCGAAAACUUACUCCUCUGAUGUGAAAAUAUAUCAUUUGACCAAACAAAUGAAAUAACUUCUCUCUUAACACAGCUACUGUUACAUUCAUGUGAGACGGGGGCUACUUAUUGUAGCAGGUACUUUAUUGUACUUGGAACUGACAGACUAACAAUACAACUCUCAUUUGGCAUUAAUAUUGAAUGUCAUGAUGUAAGAAAGAGAUAGGCCCUGGUACAUACCGGUACAGGAACAUAGGCGAGUUUAUAAUCCUAUAGAUCACAGUAGAUUUGGCAAGUCAUGCGCUAAUGAAACCCCUUUAACUAUCAGAACCCUACAAACGGCGUGGUGCUACCUUGACCUAGGGCACAUCAGGUAUUACUCAAAUGAGCUCAAACAUUUUACAUUUUUAUUAUUUUUUAUUAUGGAAGAAAUACUUUAUCUUCUAGAAUUUAAUGACGGAAGAAAAAUAUAACCCGGAUGACGGGUACAUAUAAUUCGGAUUUUAAUUAUCUGCCGCAGUGUGUAAUUAUAAGAAUGUUGGCGGGGUUGGCAUUAUGCUCAGAUUCUAUAAGGCAUUUGAAUUCAUUUGAUAUACAGAACCACGGUAGUCUAUCAAACCAUUCAAUUUCUCUUACUGCUGACAGGCGUGUGGAAAAGAACAUAUAUUUCACUUUAAUUGGUGGCCAUGAAAUAACCAGAAACUCCGUCACACGAAAGUGCUAAUGAUAUUUUAUUUAUUCUAUGUGAGAAAGUGAAAGAUUUCAGGGUUUCUAAAGUACAAAUUUACUGUUUAUUCAGCACAAAGGAACUAAUUGGUUAUCAUCUCGAUAUAGAUUGAGUCAUUUACCACAAAGAAUUAAAUCCCCCCUGCUGGUAUCUUAUCAAUCGAAGUAAUAAUUCAUUAUGUAUACCACAUCCACAUUUUCUUUGAUUUGAAUUGAUGUGUUAUGAAACUUAUUUUGAGAAUUUUAUAAAAAAAAGUAUUUUUCAUUAUUUUUAAUAUUAAAGAUAUAACUUCGAUUUUCCCCUAUUUCCUUCCAUUUAAACAUUCUAUAUGUAUAGUAGAUUCCUCUUGUCGCUGUAUUAUUGAUGGUAUUAAAUCGCUGGAAUGACGCGCGAGACAUCUGAUAUCAUUAACCAGAGAUAUUUGGAUAGCUCGUUUGGUUUCUACAACGAAAGCAGGUUUAUCAUUAUUAUUACAUUUUGAAAAUGAAACAACUUUGUGAAUAUUACGAACCGUAUUAGUGAGUUGGUUUAUAUGAUGGAAGUAUUCCUAGUGUCCAGUUGUGUGAUAUUAGUGUGGUGUUCGAUGACGCCUGUUGAUUUCGUUAUGUGAUAUUUGUGUCCAUUUCUCCAUACUGUUUAAUUAAUUGUUACCAUAUUUGGUGUGCAUAGCGUAUGCACAUAGAUUAACUAGUUUCAAAUACGAGACUGAUUAUUGAUACAAAUGAAAAAGAUUUUCAAAAAAUCAUAAUAAAAAUCAUAAAAUUUG